GGCAAUGUCAAUCUAUCUGUCAAAGUAAACAAUGGGAGAGCGUAGGUACCCGUGCUGAGUUAAGCAAAAACCCUCGCAAGCACAAGCUACCAAAACCCAAUUGUUACCACGCUUAAAGUGACGUGUUCUUAUGCAUUAUUUCUAAAGUAGUUGUACUUGUAAAUUUGUAGUCAAUUUUUAUUCUUCUCGCAGGCUGUACCUAGGCUAGAUCCCGUGUCUAGAAUGGGGCGAAAUUAUUCAGUGAGAGAAGUGAAGAGAUUACGUCUCUUUAUGCUGAUAUUGUCGAGUAUCGGCAUAGCUUUAUCCAUGUAUGCUUUGUACGUGGAAGUAUCUAAGGAAUCAGAUGGGAAUUACCAAGCCAUGUGUGAUAUCAGCCCAUCCAUGUCCUGUUCGAAAGUAUUCACAUCGAAGUAUGGUCGUGGUUUUGGCAUUAUUGGAGAACUCCUUGGUCAUGGCCACAUCUUGAAUCAGCCUAACAGUAUUCCUGGAAUUCUAUUCUACUUACUGAUCAUUAUAUUAGGUGAAGUGAAAAACUUGAGGGCAGCAAAAGUGCAGAAGAUAUUGUUGUUUUUCUCCAAUUUCAUGAGUUUGUACUUGGCAUAUUUACUGUAUUUUGUCCUUCAUGAUUUCUGUGUUGUGUGUGUCAGUACUUAUAUAGUCAAUUUGUUACUAACAGUAUGCGGGUUCAGAAAGGUUACAGUGCUGCAGAGCUUGAGGAAAAAAGCUAAAUGAUAUGGGAGUUGUUUCUUUUCCAUAAGGGGGAUUCCUUAACAUUUGGUACAAUUAACAAAGUUGAUGAAUGGGUGUUUGGUAGUUAUUAUGGAUAUAUUUUUAAAAUAACAUCAUAGACAAUGUAUGGGUGUGGCUAUAAUAUUUUGUAUACAGUAAAUGCUUAUGCACAA